AUGUCUAAUAAUGACGAGACAGUACUAGGCCAUUUGGCAGACCAUGUGUUCAAGCAUUCUGGUCCAAUCCCCGAGAGCUUUGUGGAAGUCAAGGGUAUAGAUUAUUCCAAGCCCGAUGCCAUCGACAUGCGCGCCUCGGACCUUAUCAAGUCCAUGAAAACCAUGGGUUUCCAGGCGUCUUCGCUGGGUCAGGCAUGUGAUAUAAUCGACGAAAUGCGCGCGUGGAGGGGGAAACACAUUGAUGAACUUGAUGAAUAUUCGCGGAAGGGUAGCUUUGAUGAGAACGGGUUCCAGAAGUCGACGAUCUUCUUGGGUUACACUUCUAAUUUGAUAUCCUCUGGGCUCCGCGAGACUUUGCGGUACCUGGUGCAGCACAACAUGGUGAGCGCUAUUGUAACUACGGCAGGUGGUGUUGAGGAGGACAUCAUAAAAUGUCUCGCGCCAACUUAUCUUGGCGAAUUCACCCUAAAGGGGGCGGCCCUGCGGGACAAAGGUAUGAACAGAAUCGGAAAUCUGCUAGUACCCAACAAUAACUAUUGCAAAUUCGAGGAAUGGAUUGUGCCGAUUCUAGAUGCGAUGUUGGCCGAGCAGGAAGCCUACGUAGCUCAACAGGGAAAGGACUGUCUAGGUGUGAAUACCGAUGUCGACAGCCCUAUCUGGACGCCAUCCAAGCUCUGUGACAGACUAGGGAAAGAAAUCAACGACGAAUCGAGUGUCCUAUACUGGGCUCAUAAAAAUAAGAUCCCUGUCUUUUGCCCUGCGAUAACAGACGGCUCUAUCGGCGACAUGCUUUUCCUCCACACCUUCAGAGCUUCGCCCCAACAGCUACGGCUAGACCUUGUAGCUGAUAUCCGGAAGAUCAAUUCGAUGUCGAUGGAGGCCUCGCAGGCGGGAAUGAUAAUCCUAGGCGGCGGCCUAAUCAAACACCACAUUGCCAACGCGUGUCUCAUGAGAAACGGUGCGGACUAUGCUGUUUAUAUUAACACCGGCCAGGAGUUUGACGGCUCGGAUGCCGGUGCCAGACCUGACGAGGCUGUAUCCUGGGGUAAGAUCAAGGUAGAGGCUAAAUCUGUGAAAGUUUACGCCGAUGUCACUACUGUCUUUCCGCUGAUCGUCGCAGCGACAUUUGCCAAUGGCAAAAAGAACUGA